AUGGAACUGGCGAGAAGGGACGGUGGCUAUAAAGCCCCCAAGAUCUGCGACGUUUUGCGAGAUGCAUAUAGCCCCGACCAGCGAUUCCAACUCUUGGUCGAGGAUCUCGAGCCUGUCCAUGACAUCUACUGGCAGCUCAGCCGACGGCCCUCGGAAGUCCAAUACCUGCGGACGAAAUCCGAAGUUUCUCUGGAGAUGGUCCUGCAAACCGCCGCGACGCCCUCCACGAUAGAACGACGGCGCCUCGCCCUGGUCCUAGCCCACGACGGGCUAGAUCUCAAGCGGCCAUAUUUGAGCGCAGCGACCCAUGUCGUCCCUUCCGGGGCCGAGCCGCCCUACCGGGAUAUGCACCACCAUGGGAAUCCCGGCAUCUUGAGAUUGGGGAUCCUGCUGCUCGAGGUCCACUGCUGGAGGCCGAUCGAGAGCUACUACCGCCAAGAUGUCGACUCGCUCAAUGGCCGCGAAACGCCGCUCACGGAGCUCAGCGUCGCCAGGCGCGUGCUUUCGUCCGAGAGCAUGAGCCAGAACUGCCUUCCGACUUAUACGAACGCCUUAGACGCAUGUCUCCACCCGCCCUGGACGGCGAGCGGCUCGAAAAUCAGCCUCAACAACGCCGAAACGCAGAAGGGCAUAUAUGAGGACGUUGUGCUGGCGUUGAAGAGUGAAGUCGAUGUGGUGGACGCCUGCCUUGGGAAAUGA